AUGCAGGGGAGUGCGGUGGAGCUGGGUGUGGGUGCCCGGGAGAAAGUAGUCCGCGAUCGAGUUUCCUCCUCCUCCGGUUAUCCUAAGGAUCAGGUCCUGGAUAGUGCUAUUUCACAAAGAGAAGGGCAAGGAAUAGGAAUAGGGGAUUGCUGUCCCAAGUCUGAAGCUAAAUACGCCCACUUUCCCCCUAGACAGGAGAGAAACGCCAUCGUUGUGAAAGACGGGGUCAGACCCCGCAGCCACUCACAAAUCAGCUUCUUCAUAUCCUGUACAUCGCCGAGUCAUCCCUACCAAAUGGGGUCCUCCACGGCUCCAGGACCAUCUCCGUCUUCCUCCUUCCAACUUUGGCCGUCGUCUUCAAGUUGA